AUGCGUGGUACUGUCGUCGUUAGCAUUAUGGAGCCACUUUAUUUGACUUCACUGGUAUUACGUAUCUGUGGUAAAGAGAUGAUUACAUGGAAUGAAGGUGGUGGACAAGCUGCUGCUGUGUAUUUGAGAGAGCAUUUACAUUUGAAUGAAGAGGUUAUGUUAAAUACCAAGGAACAAGUCUACCAACCUGGUGAAUAUGUGUACCCACUUUGCUUUCCAUUGCGGAACAAGUUGUGUAAUUCCUUCCACAUCUGGGGUCGUGAUGCUGGUGUCAUGUGUCGCAUUGACGCUUCAUUAAACUAUACGGCUACUGCUAUUCUGACAGUCAAAGACAAGUUUGCAGCUGAUAUUCAAGCAACAAAGUCUUUUGUAGUACAACAUCCACCUGUGGGUGCACCUAUUCAAUCAUUGAAGAAUUCAAGGACAGCAGAUAUUCGAAUGCUGCAUAUGAUGAAGAAAGGAACGUGUGCUGUCUCCGCACAGUUGCCUAGUAAUGUCUGCAUUGCUGGAGAGACUUUACUCGCACAGACUGAAGUUUACAAUGAUACGUCCAAGGAUAUGAACAAAUUAUCCAUGAUGCUAUACGAGGACAUGAUAGUACACAUGGGUACGUUCAGCCGAAACGUGGAAGGGUCCAUGUGUGUCAGUCGACAGGACUUUCCAGGUGUAAAAGCUGGUAUUACGCAAAAGCAAGUGUUAUGCUUGCAUUUGGUUACUAAGACGUCUCCUCCUCGGCUAGUGUCUGCGGUCAUCCAGUCGCACUUUUUGACAACCACGCACCGUCUCGUAAUCAAAGGUAAAUUUCGUUUCUGUCCAAGUGUUUCGGUGGACUUUCCAGUUGCCAUCCUGCGCAAACCGGCGAUGGAAGCGGCGCACGUUCCUACGGCUGUCGUGUUACCUGCGGUUGCUGCUACAAUUGCCGUGCAGUCGGACGAUGAGGUUGAAGUGAUGCCUGUUGCCGCUGCACCAAGAAGAAAAUCAACCAGUGACGGCAGGAGGUCAAGAAAUUUCACGAGUAUGGGUUGGUCGCCAACAAAUACGCGAGAUGAGGAGCAGGCGAGAUGA